GACAAGAUCUCUCAGCCGCUGCAAACCGGCUUUGCGAGGGCCCCAGCCAGGCGGGCCCCGACAGCUGCCUGGCGCAGCCCCUGCAGGUGCGGAAGUACCUGGGGCAGACCUCGAUCAAAGCCAACCUCUUCGACACGAAGCAGAUGCUGGUGAACUUCGAGUUGGCGGGCAUGGUCCCCUCAGGGAGGGACGACGAGUACGGGGAUCUGGUGGAGGACUUCGAGAGAUACAAGCGGGAGGCGGACGAGUGGGCCUACUCCUCCAGCUGGGCCGAGGCCAACCCUGGUGGUGGCCGGGACCGCACGGAGGCGCGGCCGCGGGGGGGGCGGGUGGGGGGGCACGCCCCGUUUUGA